AUGGCGGCGGCAAAAUUUCCAAUCACCUGGCCAAAGCACCACGUGCACGUGAGGAACGAGCUGGGAGGCGGGAAGCAGCUGCUCGUCCACUGCAAGUCCGCCGACAACGAUUUGCAGGUCCAUUACCUCGCCACCGGCGGCGAGCUCAGCUGGCAUUUCAAGGCGGAGGUUCUUAUUGCCCAUACUCUGUUCUGGUGCUACUUGGCUCCCGACGGCGGCCACCACGCGAGCUUCGACGCGUGGACGGAGGAUAUCGGGAGACGGUACGAGGUGAAGCACAACAGCCUCUACUGGAUUGCUAGAGACGAUGGAGUUCACUUGAACAAGAAUGUGUUCUGGAUGCACUGGAAACAGGGGAGGAGGAACGAAAGAAGGAAGGAAGAGUUGUUGAUAGAUCGUAAUAUGUUGCUAAGCAAAUAA